AGGCUCCAGACUGCCAUGCAAGGUGCCUUUGGGAAGCCCCAGGGCACAGUGGCAAGGGUCAUCAUUGGACAGGUCAUCAUGUCUAUCCGCACCAAGCUGCAGAACAAGGAGCAUGUAAUUGAGGCUCUGCACAGAGCCAAGUUCAAGUUUCCUGGGCUCCAGAAGAUCCAUAUCUCCAAGAAGUGGGGCUUCACAAAGUUCAAUGCAGAUGAAUUUGAAGACAUGGUGGUCAAGAAGCACCUCAUUCCUGAUGGCUGUGGGGUAAAAUACAUCCCAAAUCAUGGUCCCCUGGACAAGUGGGGGGCCUUGCACUCCUGAAGGUUUCCACUGCCC